AUGUAUGGCUUCGACUCUCGAACCUUUUUGACGAUGGCCUUGGCCUUUAGUCAGGUACACGCCUCCUGGUCACCUAUAACCGGCCACGACUUCGACUUCACCGCGGUCUAUGAGUCUGGACAUAAGCUAACCCCAUCUGAUCCGCCAAAAGACGUCUUGUCCGCACAGGAUAUUUUGUUUGAGCGACCGGCAGUCGUACUCGGAGACCCGGACACAACUGGGCGUAACGAUCGGUAUAUCGCUUUCCUAGAAAUAUCAUACGUACCGUCGAUCCAAAUGCUUGACAACAUUAUUUACACAUUCCCAUGGAUCAAGACGAAUCUGAUAGUGACGAAAAGCGGCACGCUGAGCGAUGAGCUAUGCGAAUCAAUAAGCAUAUCCCGUCCGGAUUACAUACCGAGCUCUGAGGUGCGGAACGCAACCAUGCACGUCUGGAAGCAGAACCCCGAGCUGAUUCGCUUCAUCGAGGAAGACAAUCUUCUCAUAUUCUGGCAGCUAGCGCGCGUCUGGUCUAAUAGCACCAUCAAUGUCGACCUAAACUUUCCCCGCGCCAAUGUUGAUUUCAAGGUGCGCAACGAGACCGGCGAAUUUAGGGGUGACGUCGACGAAAACGGUGCAAAAAUUGAGGGAUAUGUCUCGACUUCAACAUCGGCCGGUGUGACGGCAGCCCCGACCGAUGCGCCCAGCACGCCUACUGGAUCCGGCUCGGCGCCGGGGUCUACGACAACGGGUGCGGGAGGACCCACCGAGACUCCUAAUGCUUCUUCGCAUCAGCUCAUCUCAGCCUCCUGGCUUAUGACUGUCUCGGGGGUGCUGCUUCUCACCUCAGCAAUUGCUGCUAUCUGA